CUCGUACAAUAGUGUGGACGGCUUUUGGCAACGAUCGGAUGGAUAUCUUGAGCCAGAUUCUCCAUCCUAUGUAGACCAAAAACAAAUGUUUGAAGACUUGGGGAAAGAAAUGCUUACUAAUGUUACGAAAGGAUAUAAUUGUUCGUUGUUUGCAUAUGGACAGACUGGCAGUGGUAAAAGCUACACAAUAAUGGGCUUUGGUGCAAACAAAGGUAUUAUUCCAAUCAUGUGUGAAGAGUUGUUUAAAACUAUAGAUGAGAUGAGGAAGGCAUCAAAACCUGAUCAGGAAUUUCAGGUAUCUGUCAGCAUGAUGGAGAUUUACAAUGAACAAGUACGUGAUCUCUUGAACUUGAAUCUGCAACUGAGGGGAGGACUUAAAGUCAGGCAGCAUCCAACAAAGGGGUUUUAUGUCGAGUCCCUGACCACCCACCCAGUCUAUACGUAUGGUGAUAUCGAGUCUCGGAUUGCUGAGGGAACUAGGAAUAGGACAAUGGCAGCCACGAACUUGAACGCCACUAGCAGUCGCGCUCAUACAAUAGUUACAAUCUAUGUUAACCAGAGAGGGAGAAACAGUGCUGGAGAGUAUACUACAAAAAUGGCAAGCCUUAACCUGGUCGAUCUUGCUGGCAGUGAGAGGUCAGAUGUGUCAGGAACAUCGGGUGAUAGGUUGAAGGAAGGCUCCAUAAUCAAUCAGUCACUCAGCACCCUGGGUAAUGUAAUCAAGUGUCUGGCAGACAUCAACAAGGGCAAGCAGAACAUACUAGUGCCAUACAGAGAUUCAGUAUUGACAAAACUGCUAAAAAAUGCACUUGGAGGCAACAGCAAGACAGCAAUGAUAGCUACCAUUAGCCCAGCUGACAUUCAUUAUGAGGAAACUUUAUCAACAUUGCGAUUUGCAAACAGAGCAAAGAACAUUAAAACGAAGGCUGUCGUGAACGAGAGCUCUACAGAUAGAUUGGUUCGAGCUCUCAGGGAGGAGAAUGACAGGUUGCGGCAGAUGCUAGAGAAGGCAAACGGCACCCCUACCAACACCGGCAGUGAUGAGGAGGAGAUGAGGCGGGCAUUAGAGGAGCAACUGAAGAAGAACCAGAAAGAGAUGGAACAGAUGAACAAGUCUUGGCAACAGCGUUUGCAGGACGUUCAAGUUCAUAACCAGAGAAAGCUGGAGAUGGAAAGGAAGGAGGAACUAAAGAAGAAGACCAUACCCCACCUGUGGAACCUUCACGAGGACCCGGCUCUGACUGGCAUGAUUGUGCACUUCGCCAUGGAUGGCAAGUCCAGGGUUGGCACAAAGAAGGUCAAGAUAAAGCCCGAUAUAGUUUUGAGUGGCCUUAGCAUACUGCCAGAUCAUGCUGUGAUUCUAAAAGAGGGCAACGUGGUUACUGUUGUGCCCAGCACCGGUGCACGUGUGCUUGUGAAUGGAUCUGAGAUCAAAGCCAGCAAGGUGUUACGUCACAAUGACAGGGUACUGUUUGGACACAAUCAUCUGUACGUGUUGCACAACCCCCAGGAUCUUGCGAAGCAGCUGCGAGAGGGACUGCUGGUGGAACAGCCAACUUAUGAUACUGCCCAGCAGGAGAUAGCAGAGCGCAUGGGCCUCAUUGGUCUGACAGGCAAUGAUGGAAGAAAUAAAACGCAAGAUGACUUGCUUCUGGAAGAAGAACUCAUACAGAUACUACCUCACAUGAACCAGGCUAAUGCUAUAUCACAGGAGUUGGGCAGAAAAGUUCAGUUUGAGAUAGUGCUGGUGGCACCACAGGCUCGAGGAUUGAAGGAAGGCAGGACAUAUGUGUGUGUGAAAAUGAAAAACAAGAGCUCAGGUCAUGAGUGGGUCUGGAGCACAAGCAAGUUUACCAACAGGAUGUAUCUGAUGCAGGCGAUGUACCAACAGUACAUGGAGGGUCAACCCGACUGGGAUUCUACGAGCAAGGAAACAGAUCCAUUUUGGGAAGGUAGUGAUACAGAGGUACCUAUAGGCACGGUCCAUGUCUAUCUGCAGUCUCUGGCAUAUGUCAUUGAGCUAGAUGAAACACUGGCUAUCACCGAUUUCAAAGGUAACGAACAAGGCCUAUUACAUGUUGUUCUGAUUCCCUGCGAUGAAAACGGGUGUGAAACUAAAGACAACUUCCUGGAGAAUCCACAGGACCUCAUAGGUCACGAACUUACGUUCAAAAUAAAGAUUCUAAUGGUUACCACGCUUCCUGCUAAAAUAGUCAGGUGUUUCUGUAAGUAUAAAUUCUACCUGGAUGAGGUACCAGUAGUAACCGAGGAAUCGUACCGGGUAUCUCAGUCAUCACAGGCGAUCAACCACGAGAAGCUGCUGAGCUUCAAUCCUGUCACAAAGCAGUUUCUCACCUAUCUUAUCAACUCUGCAAUGAUCAUUGAGGUAUGGGGUAAGCAGGAGGACUGGAGUAGCACGAUGAACACACCUCCGUCCACUUCGUCGAUGAUAAGCAGUGCCAGAAGCAGCAGCAGCAGCGUCGCAAGUCUGAAUGGUGUCAUACAGGAUGAAGAACUGCAAACACGUUCAGUUCAACUAGCCAUGUACCGAAGACGAGCAGAGCAGGCAGAAGGAAAAUUGCAAAACAUUCAGAGCUUGAUAGAAGUUGCAGCACAGCAGGGCAUUACUGUUGUUGAACUUGCAGAGAUCAAAAAGAUAUUAGGCAGCGGCAGCGGAGCUGCUGGCAAGGUACGGUCGAGUCUGUCACGUAAAGCCAGCACCAACAGCAGUGACACAAGAUCUGCUGCCACUGUUACUUCAGAGACCUGCAUUGUUCAGUAAUUGUGAGAUAGGUGUUUCAUUUUUGUUGCCUAAAGCCAUUAGUGCUUUCAUAUCACUUGCCAGUCAUAAACUGUACAAUUUUGCAUAUAGAAGGUUUUAAGCAAGAAUUAGUGAAUAUAGGCUGACUUGUAGAAAGACUAUUAUGUAAAUAGGCUAGGUAUGAACAAAUGAGGUGAUAGGCAUUGCUUAUUUUUAUGGCAAUUCCAUCAGACAAAUACAGUACAUGCAUCCCUCUCUCUUGCAUCAUUGUGAUAUAUGAAGGACCUGUAGGAUAGAGGUCUUCACACACUUAACAGUAUUUGUUAGCUCAUCUGACAUAGUCAGAUGCAGCUUGUAGAAUCGCAUGAGCGUGCGUCCGUCCGUGCGUCCGUCAACAGUUGGGCACAAAUCUUAACAGCUCGACGUACAGUCACGAUGUUUGGGACGUGGGUUGGUGGUUGUCGUGGGGGGGGGGAAUCCGAAAACGUGUUCGGAUG